UUCCCCGCGGCAAGAAAGUGGGAAUCUUUCUUCCCUCUCAGAAUAAAAAAGUCUUCAAAGUCGUAGUUGCAAUAACUGAUUCACCAAAGUCGUUGGGAAAAAACAAAAAGCAAUUGUUCCGAGUACAACUCUCCCGUCUUCUCACAGGAUCUCUAUGCAAGGGAUGGCUAUCAUGAAGACAAGUAGCGUGGUUUUGUCUGUCGAUCAAGCAUGUCCUCGGAACCUCCUCUGUCUACCCUAAGGGUAACCUCUGAAAAAGAACCGUCAAAGACUCCCUUCACUGAUCACCCGUCCCAUACUGCAGAGUAUGAUGGAGAGGGUUGCGAUGCGCCGGACGGCCCUUUCUUGUCGCCACGCAUUGCUGCAUAUGUUAGGAGAUUUGAAAACCAACUGAUCGAAUACAACCUGGAAGCCCGUGGUAUUGAAAGGGUGCAACAACAUGAACGGAUGAAAAAGUUGACUUGGGUCUCGUACCUGCAAGCGUUCUUGCUCUGGGUCUCAAUCAAUUUGGCGGCCAACAACAUUACCCUAGGAAUGCUGGGGCCCGUUGUGUACGGCUUGAGCUUCCUGGAUUCGGCACUUUGUGCGGUUCUGGGUGCUUUCGUUGGCGCAUUAGUUGCCUCAUGGAUGGCUACAUGGGGGCCAGUCUCCGGCGUCCGGACUAUGGCAUUCGGACGCUAUACGAUGGGGUGGUGGCCGAGCAAGAUUGUUGUCAUCCUGAAUCUGAUCCAAAUGCUUGGGUACUCCUUAAUUGAUUGCGUAGUAUGCGGGCAGAUCUUAUCUGCCGUGUCACCAAAUGGGAACAUGUCGGUAGCUGUCGGCAUCGUGAUCAUCGCAGUCAGUUGCUGGGUGAUAGCCACGUUCGGCUAUCAGGUCUUCCAUUACUAUGAACGCUUCGCAUUCCUUCCCCAGAUUAUCGUAGUCUCUAUACUCUACGCUGUGUCUUCAUCAAAAUUUGAUCUGUCCGCGCCUUCAAUCGGGGAUCCUCGCACGCUCGCUGGGAAUCGGUUGUCAUUCUUCUCUAUCUGUCUCAGUGCUGCAAUCACCUAUGCCCCGUUAGCGGCCGACUUCUUCGUCUAUUACCCUGAGAGAACAUCCCGAGUGACGCUCUUCUCACUUUCAUUGGUAGGCCUCAUUGUAUCAUUCACUAUGGCGUUUCUUGUCGGUAUCGGACUUGCAUCUGGUAUCUCGAGUCAUCCAGAGUAUGGCGCAGCAUACUCUAGGGGUGCAGGGGCACUUAUCGUCGAAGGAUUCGGGCCUCUCCAUGGGUUCGGCAAGUUCUGCUCGGUGGUUGUUGCGCUAGGACUCAUCGCAAAUACCAUCCCACCGACCUAUUCCGCCGGUGUCGACUUCCAGGUUCUUGGACGGUACGCCGAAAAGGUCCCGAGAGCUAUAUGGAACACCAUCGGCGUUAUAAUCUACACCGUCUGCGCAUUAGUUGGUCGAAGCAACCUUUCCGACAUAUUCACCAAUUUCCUCGCUCUCAUGGGCUACUGGGUCGCAAUAUGGUUCGCCAUCAUUCUCGAAGAGCGAUUUAUCUUCCGACUCCGUACUGGGUAUAACUGGAAUGUGUGGAAUGACCCCUCAAAGCUACCUGUGGGCAUCGCCGCGUUUGUUGCCUUCGUGGUCGGUUGGGUCGGCGCAAUCCUGUGCAUGGCGCAAGUAUGGUAUAUUGGUCCUCUUUCUAGAUUAGUGGGUGAAUAUGGCGCAGAUAUGGGUAACUACGUCGGAUUCACCUGGGCUGGUCUUGUAUACCCGCCAUUACGGUAUGUCGAGCUGCGCAUGUUGGGCCGGUAAACGCCUAAGAAUCUCCGGAAUACCUGCAAUCAACCGAUUCCUGUCGACUCAUAUCUUGAAGAGGUGCAUACACCCAAGCCCAUCCCUUGCUUCAUAUAAGCGUCGUCCUGAGCCAACAGGAAACAACAAGAGACCAAAAUGUCAUAUCCAGUGGAUUUCACCAAAAGUAACAGUCUGAGCAUAAUAUCGCUCUUUGCCCUUAAAGCUACACAAUCAUUUAUCUUCCCAGCUAAUCUCUAUUCUGGGAGUCUGUCUAUCAGCCCCAGCAUAAAUCAUGUAUUGUACCCGUGACAAAGCUUACUCUACUUCUCUUGGCUAUUUCUCACUCCGUUAUUCUCAAUCCUUAACAAUGACAUUAGUGCAAUCACAUAUGUGAGAUAAGUAUAAUCGUUAUU